UUGUUCACUGAUUGGUUGACUCCUUGACCGCAGUCUCACCUGUGUCGCACCACUUACUGAACCACAGUUUAACGAUCAGUUCACCUCUCUCGUGAACCAAGAGUGAAGCAGGUGUAGUAGCUGAGUAGUGCCUCAGACUUGAGUCCUCUCACAGACAAGUGGACAGACAGGCUGACAGGAUGCAGAAAGCAGUGGCUCUGGUUUCCCUGGUACUGGGGUGUACUUGGACCAUCCAAGGGCUACCUGUACUCACAGAACCCCUUUUUCCCUCUCAGGAGAACUUUGAUCUGACCCAGUUUUUGGGAACUUGGCAUGAUGUUGCCGGGGCGAGUACAUGUCCCCAUAUGCGACAGCACAGGGGAGAUGCAGCAAUUGGUAAACUGGUCCUGGAAAUAGGCACCACUGAGGGCAAGAUAAAGGCAACUCGAACUUCACUCAGACAUGGAACAUGCAGAGAAAUGUCUGGAGACUAUGAGCUGACUUCUACACCAGGACGAUUCUUCUACCACAUUUCCCGGUGGGCGUCGGACGUGGAUGCCUAUGUGGUUCACACAAACUACAACGAGUAUGCCAUCAUGAUUAUGAUCAAACAGAAAUCAUCAGGCGAUAAGAGCACCUCACUUAAACUGUACAGUCGAACCAAGUCUGUGAGAGACACCAUACUCGAAGACUUCAAAACGCUGGUCAGAGAGCAGGGGAUGGGUGAUGACACGAUUGUCGUCAAGCAAGACAAAGGUGACUGUGUUCCUGGAGAGCAGGUGGCAGAGCCGUCACAUCAGCAUCAGUCUCAGCGGAGAAGGAGAAAUAAUGAGCCUACCGUGGCUCUUGAAGAGCCAGAGGGUUCUGGUUCUGAUGUAUUUGCUCCUAUCAAUGUAACUGAGGCCUGUAGUGCAGGACCAGAUGCAGGACCAUGUUUUGGGUUGCACCCACGUUACUACUACAAUUCCUCCUCAAUGAGCUGUGAAGGCUUCAAUUUUGGAGGCUGUUUGGGCAACCAGAACAACUUUGCAAACGAGAGAGACUGUCUGCAGAGAUGUCGCACUGAGGCUGCAUGCCGUCUGCCCAUGGUGGCCCAACCCUGCACAGGCCAUCCACAAAUCUGGGCCUUUGACUCCUCUGCUGGUCUGUGUGUGGCCUACAAACAGGGCUUCUGCCAGACUAACGGCAACAAGUUCUACAGCAAGGCAGAGUGUGAGGAGUACUGCGGGGUGGUUAAUGCGGCUGAUGAUGCAGAGCUCCUGAAGGCAAACUGAGAGAAAUUAGGACACAUUGCUGCAUACCUGAAUUCGAGGACGUAGUUACAUUUCGACAGUAGGGUUAUAAACUAAGUGUGGAUGCUAGGGUUCAUUCUGCAGGAAACUCAGAGCUUCAAAGAUUCAAAUCUUAUUUUUUUGUAAUCUGGUGAAUUGUUCUUGUCAAAAUAAAAGUCCUUUGUCUCAGCUCUUACAAAAUAUGCUAAGUUGUACCACAACAUAUCACUAAUAAAACAUCACAUCUGUU